AUGUACCAUAAGGUAACUACUAAGGUAAGAAGUCCGGCAGGGUUGAGCAAGGAAUUUGAGGUGGCAGUGGGUGUCCACCAAGGUUCGGCGUUGAGUCCGCUACUUUUCAAUCUCAUCAUACAUUAUCUGACUGCAAACUUGCAAAGAGAACCUCCCUGGGAUUUGUUGUACGCAGACGAUAUUGUACUGAUUAGAGAUAGUGCCGAAGAUCUCGAAGAAGCACUGGAGAAUUGGAGACACGCCUUAGAGACCGCAGGUUUGAAGAUCAAUCGUCAAAAGACGGAAUAUAUGCAGUGCCGCCAUGGCUCAAAUAACCAAGAUCGCUCUAUUAACAUUCAAAAUCACCCGCUUAACACUGUCGACCAUUUUAAAUACCUAGGCUCUGUUAUAUCUAACAACGGUACCAUUGACGCAGACGUGACCAACCGCAUCAACACUGGCUGGAUGAAGUGGAGGGAACUGUCCGGUGUACUCUGUGACAACAGGAUGCCGGUGCGUGUGAAAGGGAAGGCAUACAAAACAGCGAUCCGCCCAGCUCUCAUUUAUGGUAGUGAAUGUUGGCCCAUAAAACAGGCCCAUGUGACAAAAAUACACGCAGCGGAAAUGAGGAUGCUCAGAUGGGCUGGAGGUUACCCUUGCCGACAAAGUGAGAAACACUCAUAUCCGUGGAAGCUUCAAGAUUAG